UUGUGCAUCAGUUCCUCAGUGCAAGAGGUGCAAGAAAGAGCUCCUACGACUCUCCUCACAGCCGCUGCUCCCACACGAGGAUACGCUUUGAGAGGCAGACACACACACACACUCGUCACUUGCGCAUCAUGAAGGUUCUCGCAGUGCUUCUAUUCGCCACUGCUGCCCUCGCCGCCCCGCAAGGAGUGGAUAUCGAGGACGCAGCAGAAAUAGUGCCAAGCAAAACAGUGCCUGGCGAGGAGGGAGGCGAGGAAGGCUUCGUGUUUAUAGUGCCACGCUGGAACCCCUUCAGGAACAUCUUCAGGAACAUCUUCUCCGGCCAGCCCAGCGUGCCAGAGACAGAGGGGGGCGUGGUGUUCGACGGCGCCCCUGAAGAUCCCAGUGGGCGGCGCGGUAUCUUCUCCUUUAUCAACAACAUCUUCGGUCUGGUACCCACGCCCUCUGAGAACGCCACUGUCACCUUCAGGAACUCGUCCAUAGAGGUGAUCAACAUUGGCGGUGUUCCCAUGCAGGUGAACCGAACGAUCGUGGAACACACUGACACUAACGGCUCUGUGUUCCGUCGCGUGGACCAAAGGAUUCUCGGGCCCCUCAACGCCACUGAUGCUGUUACUACUGAUGCCCCUAAUGCUUCUGACGCCACCCUCCCCAACGCCCAAGAUGACGCUAAUGAGCUCGAAGACUUUGGGGCUCAAAUGCAGACACACCACCUUCAGAAGCGUUGGGUGUACCUCCUGAAAGACGCCCUCAAGAGAUUCAAGAACGAGCCCAGCCCUUCCCAUAACCACCUGGAGGAGGAGGAGGGGGAGGAGGGGAAGGAAGAACACGCCCUGGAAACCAAUGCCAACCUUGUGCCGAUAAGAAACGAGGAUGAUAUUGCCGUGAACUACAUCAACGGACCCCUUCCAGUGAACCCCGAUGCUCAAAUCUUUGACCCUGAGCUAGUGAGAGAGAGCGAGCGCAGAUUUUGGGAGCGAAGAGGCGAUUCUGCAGUGUCUCGGCCCUCCAGAACCCAGCCAGUUAUGUCCCAGCCUCUUAGAACCCACCCAGUCAUGUCCCAGCCUCUUAGAACCCACUCAGUCAUGUCCCAGCCUCUUAGAACCCACUCAGUCAUGUCCCAGCCUCUCAGAUCCCACCCAGUCAUGUCCCAGCCUCUCAGAUCCCACCCAGUCAUGUCCCAGCCUCUCAGAUCCCACCCAGUCAUGUCCCAGCCUCUCAGAUCCCACCCAGUCAUGUCCCAGCCUCUCAGAUCCCACCCAGUCAUGUCCCAGCCUCUCAGAUCCCACCCAGUCAUGUCCCAGCCUCUCAGAUCCCAGCCACGUAUGUCCCAGCCUAUGAGAUCUAUCCCCGUGGCUUCCAAUAGGACAAGACCGCCCAGAAGUGCCUCCGUUAGGUUAUAAAUUGUUUGCAUUAAUUUCCACUCAUAAGUCAUUAGUCAUGCAUCAAUUAGUCACCGUGACAAGCAAAUGGUUGUUAUUUUGCUUUCCUCGAUUCUCAUGAUUCUUUUUUUCUCUUCUGUUUUAUUCAAUUUUUUUUUGUGUGUGUGUGUUUUUUUAGUUCGUUAGAGCAGCUUUUUUGUUUUAUUUAUUUAUUUAUUUGUUUUUCUUUUUUUUUUAAUAUGUGUGUGUGUGUGUGUGUGUGUGUGUGUGUGUGUGUGUGUGUGUGUGUGUGUGUGUGUGUGUGUGUGUGUUUUCACCUGUCGUAAAAUUAUUAAACAAAUGUAAGAUACUCAAUAAGUAAUUAAAACAACAAUAAUAAUAAUAACAACAACAACAAUAACAUUAACAGCAACAACAGCAGUAACAAAAACAACAACAACAAAAAACAAAAAAUUCAUCACAUAUACAACACACACACACACACACACACACACACUAGUCCAUGACAAAAAAAAAUAACAAAAAAGAAAGAAAUUGUGCCAAAGUGUGCCAAAGAGAUUAAUGUCUAGUGAAUAUUGAAAGAAAUGCUAAAUACAGGAAUACCAAAUGUCUCCUUCAGAAUACAACACCAAUUUACAUUUUUUUUGCAUUUUUCUACAUUUUUUUACUACUUUCUCCAUCUUUUUCCCGCCUAAACUACAAAUCUGGCACAUUUUCUUCCUACCCGUUCCAUUUUUCUUACUUGUAUCGUAGCAUUAGUCUGUUUUUGUACUUGUAUUUAAGAGAGAGUAGAUUAUAAGCAGUAAAAACAAUUCAAUAAAAAUAAAAAGCAUUCUUAGUCGUCCCUAUUUCCAGAUACAGAGAUAAAAUGUUACGCAGGAGCUGAUUAGAUUUUAUGUCUCCUAUUUUUAUACUUUUGUCUACGAAUAAACAUACAAUUUUGA